AUGUCUGAUGCAUCUGAUAGCCAAAACCUUAGUAGCUCAGGCGCUAAAAGCGUUUCCUCUGCUUCCUAUGUUACUUCUUCUCCUUCCUCUGUCUCUUUAUCUUCUGAUGAGGAGACUCGGGCUUCUGCUGAGCACAGAACCAAAUCAAUGCAUGAUGUUUUGUCUCGCUCUGUGCCUGCUGUGAUUCCUUUGUCCUCUGACGAUGAAUCCUCUGGGGAGGAGCCGCCCCCCCAGAUGCGGGCCUGGUUAGAUGAUUUUGAGCAGCUUGCUGGAGCUAAUGAGUCUGAACUGUCUUUGCGUGUUUACAGACGCCGGGAAUCUAUUUUUCGUUCUAUGAUGGCCAACCAUGUCACUAUUUCUGUGGGUGGGCAAGCUGGUGGGGAAGAUAUUUUGGCCCAGGUUAAUGAGAUGAGGCCCUUUCCAAACUACGUGGAAGAGAAUGUCGUUCCUGGGGAUUCGACGCCCUUCCUUUCUGAGGCCUCUGCUUUUGGUCCCUUACACGCGAAGCUGAACACUAAGUGGACUGAUGAUGCGCGAAAAGAGAAUCACGCUGUUGUUGGUAAGGAGUUUUAUGGUCUGCCUGAUGGUUAUCGACUCAUCGUGCCAGACGAUGAUGCUCGGAUUACUCAUCCACCAGAGGGGUGCAUAGGCGUUUAUGCCUAUAGUCUGGAUUUUGGUCUGCGCUUUCCUCUGGAUCCUACCCUGGUGAAGAUUCUUCGUGCCUUCAACGUUUGCUUAGCUCAGCUCCAUCCCUUCGCUGUUCGUACUUUGAUCAGCUAUAUUUGGGUCUGUCGGUUUUUGGAGUUUCCUGAGACCCUUUCUCUCUGUAAGCGAGUCCAUCAUCUGCGCAACAGCGGUACUGGGAACAAGAUUGGCUGGUUUUCCAUCUAUUGCAAUCGUGGAAGAUUGACCUGCCAUGGGAUGCCUACCGGCCAAAAGGAGUGGAAGGAUAGGUUUUACUGGCUCGCUGUCCCUGCUGACUUUCCUGUUGCUCGGGGCUUUGUUAGACCUCGGACUCGGCUAGAGGGAGUCGAGAUUUUGGAUGGUGCUGUCUUGGAGGAGAGGGCUUUUGAGCAUUUUUCAUCUGAGCCCAAGUUUAAUGCUGCUGGUAAAGAGGUUGGGCGGUUGCCUCGUGUUUGGCUUCCGCAUUCAAGUUAUGUUCUGCGGAAUGACGUGCUGUCCGCUAUGUUUCUUUGUUCUACUCACCCUCAAGGUCGUCGAUUCUUGAAUCUUGAGGAAUUGGGUGUUCGGGCUGAUGGUUCUUUCAUCUGCGCUGCUCCCCCCGAUCCUGCUGCGAAUGGGUAUCAAAUUUUGGCUGACCAAAUAGAGGGCAACAGGAGAAGUUCUACACGCCGUUCUGGUCGGGGUGGCGGUUCUGGGAUCGUUCCCAGAGUGUCUCGAGUGGUCUCCUCUACAAACACUGGUUCUGCGAGCACUCCUAUUCGUCGAGGGCAGACCUCUCGCGGAGCUUCCCAUCGUGGUGCUCUGUCAGGCUCUCGUCGUGACCGAGCCGAUUUCGAGGCUGGGCUCGAAGCUCCGACAGAGGAUGCAGGCCAUGAUUUUGGGGAAGUGGCUGGUGAGGUAUGUGACCAGCCAGGUUGUUCGGGCUCUGCGUCGGAACCUGUGGAUAUCGAAGCUGAGGAGCCGCCUUUUGUUCAGCGUCCUGGGAAACAACCUAGGCUUGAUAGUGGAGCUGAGCAACUUCGAGCCUCCCCUUCUGCGGCUGAUCCCCAUCGUAGCAACACUUCUGGUAGCUCUCUUCGACAGUUUCUGGAGCAAGAGCUUCAAGGAAGUGAUCUGGCUGCUGAUGAUCUUGACCUGCAUAUCACGGGUCGGCAUAAGGAGUUUGUUGAGAAAGAAUUUCUCGACAUUCGUCCCCAGGCCGACCCUGAGCUGGCUGCUAUCUUCUCUGGUCCUUCUGCUUCGGAUCGUACUUUUGUCCCGCGCUGGGAUGUGUCCGAAUCAGAAAGCUUAUAUGGGAACUACCCUGAGAAAGGCGGGACGCUUGCCCUGAGGAUGUUAAGAGGUCUGCAGUUGCCCAGCGACCUGCCCAAAGAGCGUUUGUAUACUCCUGGGGCGAAUGCCUGCCAGAAGGUCAUGGAGUGUGGCAACGCUGUUCGUGAGUUGACAGAAGUCUUCAUAGUUUACCAGAAACGACUUGCUGCCAACGUUGCUCACAUAGAGGCCCAAAAGAAGAGAAUUGAGGAGCUCACUGCUGAUCUGGAGUUAUCUUCGACCUGUCUUACUUCGGCUAAUGAUCAAUUGAAGCUUGUUACUGAAGAGCGUGAUCAGCUGCAGGCUAGCUUUUCUCAGGCCCAAAUUGAUCUGGUCACCGGACAGCAGAAAAUUGAGGCUCUCCAGCAAGACUUUCUCUCUGUUGAGCAGUCUCAUGACAAUGAGAUGGCCCAACUGCAGAACUCCAUCGAAGAUCAGCUUGCGGCUGCCGUUCGCGACUUCCGUCGGUCAGAUGAGCAGUAUGCUCUGCGCACUCAGAGCUAUGAUGGCGGGUGGAAGGCUGCUUCGCUAAUAGUGCAAGAAAAGCAUCCUGAUCUUGACUGGUCUCCAAUCGAAGCUGCUUGGUUGGCUGGGCUCCAUGUUGAGCUUUUGAGAAAGAAGAGGGAGGCCGAGCAAGCGUCUCUAGCUGCGGGCGGUGCGGUGCCAGAAGAUGAUGGGGUGCCUGAUCAUUGUGUUGAAAAUGUUCACCCUGGGGAAUUGCCUCUGUCUGAUGCUGAAGAUGAUGUUGGGCAAUAAUGGCACAGGCGGCUGUCCCCAUGUUCAUCUUGCACUACCUCAGCCAAUGCGUAGUUUAUUUUUUCUGGUUGUUUUUGUCCUCCCUGCGUGGAGAGUAAGAAUUUGUUUCUGGGGAUAAUAUUUAUCGUUUUUAGUUUUGAUCAACAGUGGCCAUUUUUGUAGGGCUGUACAUUGCAUAAGUU